CUGAAGGAGGAUAUCUGAAACUAGAUGACGUUCAAGUUGAACAGAAUGGAUUGUAUACAUGUUAUGCCGAAAACGUGUUCUAUGAUGACGAAACGGGUAAUGCACAGGAUUAUUUGAUCCUGGAUGUUCAGUUUUCGCCAGAUAUCGCAACUGAUUUAACUGGAGACAUCGAUGAGGUAAAUGGAUAUGUAAUUGAGGGGAGUAAUUUUACUGUAGAAUGUGUGAUAAUGAAUGCUAAUCCAGAGGUAGAAAGUAUUUCCUGGAGCGAUUCAGCAGACAAUGUUGUAUCCACUGAACCUCUGGUAAUUAUUAGUGACGUCGGAAAAGAACAACAUGGUACUUACACAUGUGAAGCACGUAAUACAUUUUGGGACGCAACACAGGGAAUCACCAAAAUAGAUGUGUUCAUUGAUGUUCAAUAUUCACCUUCAGUCACAGUGACAGACGAGACAGGAUUUAAUGUUGUCGAAGGAAACUCUUAUUUCGCCGUGUGCGAGGUAGAUUCCAAUCCAGAUUCUGUCAUUACCUGGUUGUAUCCAGAUGGAACAGAAACAAAUGGACAUCAAUUAGAAAUAACAAAUACAAACAGAAACGAUGCUGGUACAUACACAUGUACAGCUGUUACAACAUUCUGGGAUGGAUCAUCUGCAACAGACAGUGGGACUAUGGAUUUGAAUGUUGAGUAUGAAGGUAUAGUAACUCUCGUGGGAUCAGAAAAAGAGAUUGACGAAUCAGAGAGUGUCAAUUUCACAUGUACAGUUAGUGAUAGCAACCCUGAUCCUUUUAAACUAGAACUACUACUAGAUGGCCAAGUUAUUGAACAUUUCAAAGACGACCAAGGAAUAACUCACUUGGAAUAUACGAUAUCGGAUUCCACUGAUGAAGACGCGGGUAGUUAUAUCUGCAUCGCAACACAACGGUUCUGGAAUGACGCCGAGAAUGACGUUACCAGCAAUGUUCACCAUCUGACAGUAAAUGUUU